AUGAAGUUUUCACUCUUGAUAUUUUAUUUUGUUGUUGUUUUUUAUAAUGGAUUCGGAAGAGUUCUGUCAGCCAACGACCCAUGCGCAAUCCACUGCUUUGAAAAGGAAGGCUGUAGAGUUUACGAGGAUUUAGUCAACUGCAGAUGCGUCUAUGAAUGUGAAGGUGUCGCAAGACGAGUUGCUGCACUUCGUGACUCCGUCAUAUUGUCAAAUUUGGAAAUCUGA